UGGUAUAACCAACGUUCUCUGCUCUAUGUGCUUGACAUUUUGGAUUCUACAGUUAAGCAAAAAAAUUGCAAAAUUAUGUUUCUAUUCGGCAGAAUGCAGUAAAAAGUAUUUCACGUUGCAUUUACUUGCAGAUAAGUACUGGCUCGAACACGACGACCACUGCGACCAUCGAUUUGAAACAUGGCGAGGCACCGCCGCAACGCUAGCGGUGCUGGCAAUAGGAGGAAUUCCAAUACAGGCAUUAAUGCCGGCGGCAAGACUAAUAAAUCCAACGGGAACAAUCCCCAAAGCCCAAAUAAUGCUGACAAUAAAGGCCACAGCAAAGGUAGUAAAAGUUCCAUAAAGCACAAAAAGAAAGAUUUACAUUCCACGAAUAGCACCGCGGGCGGCUCUAGUUCGAGUACAAUUUCUUCUUCUGGCUCUGAUGCAAAUAAACUAAAUGACGCUCAAAGCCAGCGCAUGUAUUUCUCCCGUUGGCCCAAAUGUAUACCGGACAAAUGGGCGUCGUUGAUCGGUAUUGUAUUGUUGAGUGUGGCGUCUUACUUUGGCUACGUAGGUUACCUGGAAACGCGUGUUAAUACGCCAUUCGACAAUGAGAAAAUGGUAAUACGCGCCGGAUUGGAUGAACCCGAGCGGUAUUGGGGUUCAUAUAGACCUUCUGCAUAUUUUGGUUUGAAAACGCGCGAUCCGCAAUCUGCAGUAAUGGGCCUGAUGUGGUAUAGUCCGUCCAAUUUGGGUUACGCUGGCAAGGGUAUACGGCAUUGGUGCGAAAUCAGUGACCAUUUGGAAAAAUACGGUUGGACACAUCAUGAUGGGCGUACAUUUGGUGUGCAAGAGAUAACUGAUUAUCCAUUCGAGCUGAAAACUUCAUUUGUAAAAUAUCCGGAUGGGCGACGAUUGGGAGGCGAUUGGACUGCACGUAUAUCUGUACGAAAUCUCUCGCAAACAUGGGAUCGUACUAUAUCGUUAAUUUGGUAUGUGGCGCUUGAUGAGCGCACCAAUGGCCAUAUUACGUACGUAUCCAACGACAAUAGCCCUGAGGCGGGUGUCUCUGGUGAGACUCUUGGCCUGGGUGAGUUCAAGGUGCGUUUUCAUCCAAUUAAAGGGAAGGUUCUGCAUAAAUCAUAUUUGAGCACAGUGGUACCUUCACUUAGCAAACUGAGGGAAACAGUGUUUUCGCACUUUCGUGUAUUCUCCGACAACCAAGCUAGGCGUUUCAUUGGUCUACCAGGUGAAAUGAUAUCACAAAAUGGUGGUCUGCCUGAUGCGCCCAACUUUAUUGCCAUACAAAUCACCACUGAAGUGAAUUUCACAAUGGAUAUCACUUAUGAAUCGACUUCUGCAUUUUCGCAUGUGGAGAAUUUCUCCAAACCGCCCAUAGGUAGAGAGUUUACGAAUUCUAUGCAUGAAAAAUUGCUCGAAUUCGAUAACCGUUUUGAGGAAACAUUCCACUUGCGCGCCAAAGGCUAUUCAACUGAUGAAAUAAAGUUUGCAAAAUAUGCAGUUAGCAAUAUGAUUGGCGGUAUUGGUUACUUCUAUGGAGCAAGUAAAGUGAAAUCAGUGCAUACGAAAAAACCUGUACCUUAUUGGAAGGCCCCACUUUACACCGCCGUGCCGUCGCGCUCCUUCUUUCCGCGCGGCUUCUUGUGGGAUGAAGGUUUUCAAACUCUGCUCAUAUCAUCAUGGGAUUUGGAUAUUGCACUAGAUAUUAUGUGUCAUUGGUUCGAUUUACUCAACAUAGAAGGUUGGAUACCGCGCGAACAGAUUUUAGGCGUAGAAGCGCUGGCCAAAGUACCAGACGAAUUUGUCGUUCAACACAACACCAACGCUAAUCCGCCCACAUUUUUCCUUACACUGGACAAAAUACUCACCCAUCAUAAGAAAGAGCUUUCGUCAAAGGGACGUCUCGACGUGUUGGAACGUCUCUACCCGCGUUUGCAAACUUGGUUUGCUUGGUACAAUACCACACAACGUGGUGAUGCAUUAGGCACAUACUAUUGGCGUGGACGUAAUGCUUCCAGCGAGAUUGAAUUGAACCCCAAAACGCUUACCUCAGGACUAGAUGACUAUCCACGUGCCUCUCAUCCCACCAGCUACGAACGGCAUGUCGAUCUGCGCUGUUGGAUUGCACUAGCGGCAAGAGUAAUGAGUGAUUUAUCGGACGUACUCGGCAAGGAUGGCAUCAAAUACUAUGAAACAGCCUCUUUUCUGGCGGACAACAAACUGCUCAACGAGCAGCAUUUGAGCCCACUGACUGAAACCUAUGCAGAUUUUGGCUUGCACACAGAUGCAGUAGUACUUAAACGUCCACAGGUGACCAAGCAAAACCUGAAGAAAUACCAGCAACAGCAGUUGGCUUUGGUGCGUGUCACCUUAAAACAGCCAGAACGUAAAUUUGUCGACACCUCCUAUGGCUAUGUGAAUCUAUUUCCAUUUAUUUUACAAAUACUUGACCACGAUUCAGAGUAUUUGGGGAAACUGCUGCGCGAUCUACGUGAUCCAAAUGUAUUGUGGACCAAUUAUGGUCUCCGUUCGCUAUCGAAAACCUCGCCGUUUUACAUGAAACGCAACACGGAGCACGAUCCGCCAUAUUGGCGUGGUCCGAUAUGGAUAAACAUAAACUAUUUAGCAAUAAAAGCAUUACACCACUAUGGCACCGUUGAAGGGCCAUACGCCGCACUUGCGCGCGAAAUCUACAAUGAACUGCGUGAUAAUGUUGUGGGAAAUAUAUUCCGUGAAUACCAAAGAACCGGUUAUCUGUGGGAGCAAUACGACGACACCACCGGCCAGGGCAAAGGCUGCUAUCCAUUCACGGGUUGGACCUCACUCGUUGUACAAAUUAUGGCAGAGCAAUACUAAAAAUUAUAUUUACAUAUAUCUGUUCGUACACAAGCAUUUUACGAUGUAGUCAUAAUCGAUAAGUUUUUAUUGUUCUAGCGUAACUUGAAACUGCGUGAAAUGUCAAUUUGAAACAUUGAUAUCUUCAAUCUAAAAGCAUUUUCUGCCGAUUUCCAUUAUAUUUCGAAAUAUGCAUACAAAUGGAUUUGUGUUGUGCGGAAAUUCAGAAAUGCAGAAUUAGAAAAUAAAGCCAAAACAAAAAAUUGUGUAACGAAAAUUAAACAAUAAAUCAAGCCCUUGAUCAAACCUUUAA